AUGGCGAACGUCAUCGCCCGCGACCGCCCGUCUACGCCCAAGAGACGACGAACCCAGCCGUCGGACUCCUCCAGCCUCCCGCACAUUAUUGAUCUCACUGGCAUUGAUGAACCUUGGCACAACUGUGAUCGUACCGUCGUCUUCACGGAAAUCCCAGCAAGCGAUUCAUCCACCACGAUGAACCAAUCUCUGAAGCGCGAGCACCCUGAUGACAAGGGCGCGAACGAUGACGACAACGAGAGUCUGUUCGUGUCCGAACACCAAUCCAAAGAAAAUACUCCCGCCCCUACUGUUCAUUCUAGAGUCUCGGAACAGCAAAACCAGGGUAAUUCAAGCGAAAGCGAUGACCGAGUCCCCCUCGAGGGAAAGUCCAAUCUAGAAGGAAUCGUCGUAGACGAGAUCGAUACACUGUACGGGUUGAACAACCAGGACUACCUGAUUCUGCGUAAUCAAACUCCGCUCCCUGUCCCCAGCCCUUCCUACCACUCACCAGAACCUGCCGAAGAUACGGUGAAGUUACAAGAGAUGCGUAUCGGCCAUCUGAACGACCAGAUCAAGGAACUCCAAGCAGUCAACGUGGAACUCAGCGACAAUAUCAGCAAGGAAGCCCGCAUCAACGCACAGUUGCGCUUCGAGAACAUAAGACUGCAGGGCAACCUCGAAAUCGCCAAGGUCAGACCGCCCUCCGUCGCCCAGUUGCAAGCGAGGGUGCAAGAGCUGGAAAAAGAGGUAUCCAUCGAACAUACCCAACGAGUUGGACUCGAGGAGAAUAUGCAAGUCUACAAAGAAGUGGAGCAAGCUCAGUGCUCGAGGAUUUGCACCCUGGAGGCGAACUGCAAAGAUCUUCGUGAAAUGCUUAGUGCCAUGCACAAGCACCGCGAGGAGCGCCGCGAUUCAGUCAGCAUCAAGUAUCAGGAGCUGCUGGAGAGUCACGAUGCAGCCAACGCAAAGCUCAACAAGGCCAAACUAGCGAUCACAACUCUAAAGUCUAUUAUUCGCACGUUGGACGAAUGUGUUGAUCAUAUUGACGGCAGCCCAGAAUGA